AUGUCAUAUCUGUUCGUGUCAUCGGCUUCUUUUUAAAGUCUUUCCGGAGUGCUCGCGCUGCGCAUGCGCACCAGUAAAUCCUGCUUACCUCCAUCAUGGCGGCUAGGGGCCAUGUGCAAGACCCUAACGACAGGAGACUGCGACCCAUUUACGAUUACCUGGACAAUGGCAAUAACAAGAUGGCGAUCCAGCAGGCUGACAAAUUGCUCAAGAAGCACAAAGAUCUUCAUUGUGCGAAGGUCCUGAAGGCCAUCGGUCUCCAACGCACCGGCAGACAGGAUGAAGCUUUCACGCUGGCCCAGGAGGUCGCCGUUCUCGAACCCACAGAUGACAACUCUUUACAGGCGCUAACUAUUCUCUACAGAGAGAUGCAUCGUCCCGAGUUAGUUACCAAGCUAUACGAAGCCGCCGUCCGGAAGGUUCCGACUAGUGAGGAAUAUCACUCCCAUCUCUUCAUGGCCUACGCUCGGGUCGGAGAAUACAAGAAGAUGCAACAGGCUGGAAUGGCGCUGUACAAAAUUGUUCCUAAAAAUCCAUAUUACUUCUGGUCGGUUAUGAGUUUAGUAAUGCAGGCCAUUUCAGCCCAAGAUGAAAAGCUUUCUCACACUAUGUUCCUACCCCUGGCCGAGCGCAUGGUGGAGAAGAUGGUGAAAGAGGAGAAGAUCGAGGCCGAAGCCGAGGUCCAGCUAUACUUUAUGAUCCUGGAGCGUUUGGGGAAGUAUGUGGAAGCGCUGGAGGUUGUACGGGGACCGCUCGGAGAGAAGUUGACCAGUGAACUUCAGAGCCGUGAGAACAAAUGCAUGAUGCUGUAUCGCCGUCUAGAGCGCUGGUCCGAGUGCAACGCACUUUCAUGCAAACUGCUCUUAAAAAACCCUGAUGAUUGGCAGUCCUACUUGGCGUAUUUUGACUCUUUGUUCCACCUGUUGGAUAAGAGCUGGACGCCUCCAUCAGAAGGACCUCAGUCAACAGAGGGCGACGUUCACUCCUCUGUAGCCCAGGCCAUUAGCUUCAUAGAGGAGAGACUGAAUACGGAGGAGGCGAAGGAGUCCAAACAUCUCAGAGGUCCUUACCUGGCCCGUCUGGAGCUUAUCGGACGCCUCCGAGAGCGGAGCUGUCCUGAAGCACAGCAGCUGGGUGAUCCGCUGGAGCUCAUGUUUCAGUUCUUUGUGAAGUUUGGAGAUAAGCCAUGCUGCAUCACGGACCUGAAGAUCUUUCUGAACCUUCUAGCGUCUGACCAACAUGUGCAGUUUAUUAACAGACUGAUGGAGGCCGUGCCGCUGAGCGCUGUCGGAGAGGACGGUGUGGCCGUACCGGCGGACACUCGGGCACUGCAGAGACACCUGUGUGUUACCCAGCUCAGUCGCUGUCUGGGUUUACAACAUACGCCCGACACGCAGGGUAAACUGGGCAUCAUCAAAGAGCUGAAAGCACAUUACCAUCACGGUUUACAGUUCGGGACUUCCUGUUUAAAAACAGAGCUCCAGUUUUCUGAUAUGUACUGCCUCAUGGCAGCUCAUCUGUACAUAGACCUGUGGAUGGAGACGGGUGAUCAGAAGAUGUUGUGGCAGAGUCUUGGUCUGUUAGAAGAAGGUCUCUCGCACAGCCCCGCCAACGCUCAAUUUAAACUGCUGCUUUUACUCCUGUACUGUCGUCUGGGGGCUUUCGAGCCAGUGGUGGAUCUUUAUUCCAGCCUGGACGCCAAACACGUCCAGCACGACACUAUAGGGUAUUUAUUAACCCGUUAUGCAGAGGCUUUGGGCCAGUUCGCAGCUGCCUCCCAGUCCUGUAACUUCUCCCUCAGGUUUUUCCACUCCAACCAGAAAGAUACCUCAGAAUACAUUAUUCAAGCAUAUAAAUACGGUGCUUUUGAGAAAAUCCCAGAGUUCAUUGCCUUCAGGAACCGACUCAAUCAUUCGCUGCACUUCGCCCAGGUGCGCACAGAGAGAAUGCUGCUGGACCUCUUUCUGGACGCUGACAUUUCAUCACCAUUAGAGGAGAGCGUCAAGUCAAUGUCGCUUUGUCCGGAAGAGGACGACAUCUCGUGGGACAACUUAAGGGACAACCGUGACCUGACGGUUUUCGUCGGCUGGAACCCAAGGGACCGGGAUUUGAAUGACGAUCACAGACAGCGUUCUCUAGAGGAAGAAACCCUGUGGCUGAGAUUACGGUCUCUUACUCUACGUCUGAUUGGUUGCGUGGCGACGCUGAAUCACCCGCCAGCCUCCCGUAACUCGGAAAAGACGACCGAGAACGGCGUGGGGUCCAAACCGUCGUCUUUGCAAACGCUGCUGUCUCAGCUGGAGAACACGAUAAACCAAGCCGCCCAGUUCACAGAGAAACAUGCGCAGCAUCAGUACCCGUUUCUGGGUCCCGUACAGUCUCGCUUGGUUCGGGUUUUGGCCAGCGGCUGCUGUCAGUGUCUGCUGACGUCUCUACAGCUUCCUCUUCACCUGCAAGAGCUGGAGAUGGCCGGACUGGAUGAUUCAGCAGAGCUUCAAACGCAAAUAUCAAAUGUCUUUAAGUCUUUAGCUGUACAACUUCAAGACUUGUUGGAAAAGUGUAAAGGUGACCUGUUUGAAGUCCAAGACGGUCAAAGCAACACGCAAGCCUCUUUACUGGAGAACUUGGUCUACUUUGUUGAAAUUGUUUGUAUCGUCCAGUGGGUGUGUAAUUACUGUGGAAGUGUCCUCCGACCCUUAAAGUCCAGCUUACAGAAGAAGAAGAAAAAGAAGAAAGAGACCAUCGCUGUAACGCCACCGGUGCUCACGGCCUUCCAGGAGUUCAACGGCAGUCUGCAGGGUCUCCUCAGUCAGGCCCUGGAUCACAUUAAGAACCAGGAGAGCAGUUUGACCGCACUAAAGCUGGGAUCUCUCAAUUUGGAUGGACAAACCCAGACUGAAGCGGAGGGGACGUUUACGAAGACGGCGAUGGAUAAGGUGCAGAGCAGUUACCUGCGUUCACUGCAGGAGAUCGGAGAACUCUUGAAAAAGAGAUCAGACUCAUUAAAAUCCCUUAAAAUCUGACGGUUCCAUUAACACGCCAUCUAAUCCGGUUCCUGACCUGCACGGCACCACGCGGCUGCGACCUCCAUCACCGAUGCAACGUCCCGUCUCUCUACGAACAUGAAGUCUGUGAAGUCUCUCUCUGUUUUUGUCCUUUUCUUCAUCCGCUAUUUAUCCAUCUCAGAUAGAGGCACACUGUAAAAUCAUCCACGGCUUCUGCACAAACAUCUAUGGUGCUCCACGCAGCACUUUUAAGUGGAAAUAAACUAGCAAAACUACAUAGACGAAAAGCAAUUUUAGAAUUACUGCUAUAAAUUAUUGUACAUAGUGUGAAGAUAAUAUCAGCAAGAACGAAUUAAAUUGAAGUGCUUUGUCAGUGUCUUUUACCUUGUUGUCUAACUAUUACCGGACAGCCCAAAUUCUGAGCGUAUCGUAGCCGACUCGAUCGUGUGUGGUAGCCGUUCACGAUGCACUGCCGCUGUUCUCGCACAACUACCUGAGAGCAACACGAAAAUAUUGUGCGAAUUUUUUGGUUUAAUGCACAAUUGGAUAACACAGUCAGUUGGGUAGGAACAGGUCUUAGUUUUGGUUCAUUUGUUUGUCAACUCGCUUGUUCCCAAUCAACGACGACGUUAAGUGCUUAUAUUACAAUGUUUGUAUAUUACAAAUGACUGUACUUGAGCCACAAGCAAUCGAGCAAUGUAGCUUUUCUUACUUUUUGGAAACAAAACCAUCGUCUUAGCAUAACGUUAACCGCUACGUAAAAAACGCCAUUGUCUGUAGAACAUGAUUGGGAAAGUUCAGGUAUAGUUAUUAAAAUUAGAUUUGACCCAACAAAGAGUCACGUUUGAAAUUUAUUUAAUGCUUCUAGUGACGUGUUGUCAUUGGUCGGCUGAGUUGUUAGCGUUUGGACUGGGAAAAUUGUCAAAUUGCACUGAUGUCCCUGAAAAGUUAGGUUUUAUUAUUAUUGACGAAUACCAAAAACAUAAGAUUUAGCAUCGCAAGAGGCAUGAUAGAGAAGUUUUUAUAAGGUUGAUGUCUAAGAAGAAGUGCAACUGUUUACAACGUUUUCGAACGCCAUUAUGAAUCAUGUUUAUAAAGUGACAGCGCGUUAUAUGAUUUUUGGGGGGUGUAAUGCUUUUCUUUGUUAAGCUUUUAUAUUUUAAUUUAAGAAAGGGAUUGAGAGGCAUUCUGGCCUCCAGUAUGUCAACAUUUCAGGACUGAAGGGCUCAUUUUACGUCGUCGCUGUUACAAACUAUGAGGACGCCAACAUUUCUGGACUGAGAUGUCGAGGUGAUUGGAAAUGUGUCAGCUGUUAAUUUCAUUUGUUAGGAAAAUCGGAAAAAACACUGGAAUGUGAAAAAGGUUUUUUUUUUUAAAUAAAAUGUAAAUGUUCAA